AUGAGUUCCUCCACUCUAGCCGCUGUAGGAAACUUUACUUGCCCGCCAAAUUCAAAUCCAUAUUCCUUCAACUCCACUCUACAAAGAAAACAAUUCAUUUCUCUCUUAAAAAAUUGCAAACACAUCAACCAAAUCCUACCAAUACAUGCCAAAAUCAUUAGAACCGGCCAUGACCAAGACCCUUUUAUCGUCUUCGAGCUUCUUCGUCUUAGCUCCACCUUCCACUCCAUUAACUAUGCCUCCAAGAUUUUUCAACAAAUACAUAACCCAAAUGUGUUCCUCUACACUGCUCUCAUUGAUGGGUUUGUUUUGGCUGGUUUUUACUCCGAUGGCAUUCGCCUUUAUUUUCAAAUGAUUAAUCGAUUUAUCGUGCCGGAUAAGUAUGUGAUCCCCUCUGUUUUGAAAGCUUGUGGGUCUCAUUUGGCCUUGUGAGAAGGAAAAGAAAUUCAUUGCCAAGCUUUGAAACUUGGGUUAAGCUCGAAUAGAUUGAUAACCAUGAAGCUGUUGGAACUCUAUGGGAAGUGUGGGGAAUUUGAUGAUGCAAGGAAAGUGUUCGAUGAAAUGGUGGAAAGAGAUGUUGUCGCGUCAACAAUCAUGAUUAAUUGUUAUCUUGAUCAUGGACUGGUUGAGCAGGCAAUUGAGGUUUUCGAUCGGGUACGGAUUAAGGAUACAGUUUGCUGGACUGCGAUGAUUGACGGGUUGGUCAGGAAUGGGAAGAUGAAUAGGGCUUUGGAGAUGUUCAGGGAAAUGCAAAAGGAGAAUGUGAGGCCUAAUGAAAUCACUAUUGUUUGUGUUUUGUCUGCUUGUUCACAUUUGGGAGCGUUAGAGCUUGGAAGAUGGGUUCAUUCUUACAUGGGGAAAGAGCAUGGGAUGGUGCUUAAUCAUUUUGUGGGGGGAGCAUUGAUCAAUAUGUAUUCGAGGUGUGGUGAUAUUGAUGAGGCGGAACGAAUUUUUGCAAUAAUGAAAGAGAGAAAUGUGAUUACGUACAAUUUGAUGAUUUCAGGGCUUGCUUUGCACGGGAAGAGUAUUGAAGCUAUUGAGAUUUUUACAGGAAUGAUUAAGAAAGGGCUUUUGCCAACUAGUGUUACCUUUGUUGCUGUUCUGAAUGCUUGUAGUCAUGGAGGUUUGGUCGAUUUGGGGUUUGAGAUUUUCCUCUCUAUGACUAGAGUUUAUGGGAUUCAGCCACAGGUUGAGCACUAUGGAUGUAUUGUUGACCUUCUUGGUCGUGUAGGUCGCCUUAAAGAGGCUUUUCAAUUUAUUAGAAGUAUGGAAGUUGCUCCAGAUAAUGUCAUGUUGGUGGCUUUUCUAAGUGCUUGCAAAAUCCAUGGAAACCUUGAAUUAGGAGAGCAAGUUGCGAGAAUCUUAAUAAACCAUGGAGUUGUAGAUUCUGGGACUUACAUUCUGCUAUCAAAUUUUUAUGCUUCAUCAGGGAAAUGGAAAGAAGCGGCUCAAAUCAGGGCAAAGAUGAAGAAGGAAGGAAUACAAAAAGAACCAGGUUGUAGUUCCAUUGAAGUGAAUAAUGAAAUCCAUGAGUUUCUUCUGGGAGACCUAAGGCACCCUCAAAAGGGAAAAAUCUAUGACAAGUUAGUGGAAUUGAACCAAAUAUUAAGAGAAGCUGGAUAUACUCCGGCAGCAGAGGUUGUUCUGCAUGAUAUUGAAAACUGGGAGAAAGAGCAGGCUUUAGCAAUACAUAGCGAGAGGCUUGCAAUAUGCUAUGGUCUAAUCUCUACUAAACCAUUUACCACAAUAAGGGUUGUGAAGAACUUAAGGGUUUGUGAUGAUUGCCACUCAAUGAUCAAGCUCAUUGCUAAGAUUACUAGGAGGAAAAUUGUGGUGAGGGAUCGCAAAAGAUUCCACCACUUUGAGGAUGGGAAUUGUUCUUGUGGAGAUUACUGGUGAUUAAAAAUGAAAAAGAAAAAUAUCUGGCUGUGAUUAGUCAAAAGAAGACCUCAGCAUGAGGAUUGAGUAAAGCUUCAGUUUGUUCACCAUUACUUAUAAAAUUUGUGUCUUGACUAUAGCUUGUACAGGUAGACUGAUUAAGCAACGUCUGUAUUUGUUCAACAAGUGUUACUCCAAGGGGUUCGAUGUUCAUUAUCAAUAAUAAGAAAAAAAAGAAGAAAAAGUUAUGCAACAACU